GUAUCCCAGUUGUUGUCGUGUCGGUGUUGGUUGGAGUAAAUGAUCGAGAGGAUUUUAUAACCGAGGGUGCAUGUUGGUGCGGUGGUGACGGUGUGUUGUUCUGGGUUUUUGUCGGUACCUUAGGUCCAAUCAUACUGGUAAGCUUUUUUCAAACGUCAUAACAAUUUUUAGCGCGACAGACUCAAGUAUACAAAUGCAGUGUGUUCUUCAACAAGGGCAGAUUUCGUGCUCGCCCAAUCAGCGCAUUUGUUUACAUUUUCGCUCUCAGCUAAUCAUAAUUCGGGAAACAAGAAAUUUACACCAAGGCGAGUUAGAAAAUAUUGCCGUCUUCUCGGGCUUCCGUGAAUUCAAUUUUAACUUUUUUAAUUUAAAACGAAAGAUUAUGAUGCAGCACAUUAAAAUCUAAAACUUUGCCGUGGGCAUUUUUAAAUUUCGACCUAGAACUGAAAAUAUCCAUGUUUGAAAUUUUUCCCUAUGUCGCGUAUACAAAUUUGAGUAAUCUAAUUUGACUGCAAUAAAACUAAAAAUUGCUAUAUUUUCUCUGCUUUUACGUUUUUGUUGGAAAACUCUUCGCUCUUGUUGCAAAUUGUUUUGGUCAAUGUUUUAUAUCAAAACCUAGACGAUAACGCAUUUAUAGCGCUUGAUUUUAAAAAAAUAUAGUCGCACGCUCGCGAUCAUACGGGAAUCAAUACAAAAAUAUUGUCCGACCGAUUUUGCAGAAAAUCAGACUCUCUAAACGCGUUAUCUUCUAGAUUAUGAAAUAAUACAUUGCCCAAAAUGAUUCUCAACAAGAGCGAAAAAGAGUUUUCCAACAAAAACGUAAAGAAGAAAAAAUAUAGCAACUUUUAAUUUUAUUGUAGUCAAAUUAGAUUACUCAAAUUUGUAUACGCGACAUAGCCCAUAGGGAAAGAUUUCAAACACGGAUAUUUUCCGUUCUAGGUCGAAAUUUAAAAAUGCCCACGGCAAAGUUUUAGAUUUUAAUGUGCUGCAUCAUAAUCUUUUGGUUUUAAAUUGAAAAAGUUAAAAUUGAAUCUCACGGAAGCCCGAGAAGACGGCAAUAUUUUCUAGCUCGCCUUGGUGUAAAUUUCUCGUUUCCUGCAUUAUGAUUAGCUGAGAGCGAAAAUGUAAACAAAUGCGCUGAUUGGUCGAGCACGAAAUCUGCCCUUGUUGUGUUCUUCAGAUAAAACGGUGGUCCCAUGUAACGAACACCUUGGAACCAUGUGGUGUGAUCGCAUUUGCUAACAAAAGGGUUUCGUGUCUGCGUGUUGACCACUUAAUUCCACGUCGUUUUGGAACAUACAUUUGCCUUGAUGGGAUUCGAGUUCGAAAAUGCCUUAAUUUAAAAAGAAUAACGCGCCAGGAGUUCUUGUGUUUAACGUUCAGCCACAAAUGAGUCAAUAAAGAACUGGGAAAACGAUAUAAAGCCUAAUUUUUGGUAUAUUUAUCUUUGCUUGCAUACGGGGCCGAUUCUUUUUGGGUGUGUCACUCUAAAGUUUGCCCAAUAAUUUGAAUUUAACAUAGUUUGUGAUAAAUUUGCCCAACUUAGCUUGACUUUUAUCAGUAUUUCGCUCAAUUUUCUUGUUAAUUACUAAAUAAUAUUUGGGAAAGGCAAUUGUCUAGCUUGUCCCUUUUCCUAGUACGCAAUGUUUAUCUUCAGUUAUUUUUUUCAGGUUAAUUUGGUAAUCUUCAUUCUAGCCUUAAGAAAUGCUUUAUCCACCUGGGAAGUUACUUCAACCCGUACACAAGGCAGCGAAACAACUACCAAGGCAACGGUUUGUACCAAGUUGAGAAAAGCAAGAAUUGGUCUCAAAGGUUCAGCUGUACUACUGCCAAUACUUGGACUCACAUGGGUGUUUGGUUUACUGGUUUUCAAUCGAGAUACAACUGUGUUUAAAUAUCUAUUCGCCAUCUUUAACUCUCUACAAGGACUAAUGAUAUUUGUUUUUCAUGUGCUUAUAAAUAGAAAGGUAUGCUUUUGGAACACUUUAAUGUAAUGACUUCGUUCCAAGUAAACCUGACAAGAAUUGGCUUCUUUACAUGCCCAUUUCUCAAUAAUAAUACUCAAGUACAGUAACAAAGUGCAUUUAAUUACUUCGUUACUAGCCGCUACCAGUGGCCUGGGGAUUGUACAUGUAUUUAUGAAUUGUGGGGACUUCAUUUUCUGCAUUUGCAGACACAACUUUUUAUAUUUUUCAUCCGCUAGACAAACGUUUGGUCAUGGGAAUAAUAAAGCAAUCUCCUUGCGUUUUCUUAAAUUUUAAGGGGAAGGAGGAGGGCAAACAUGGGGCUGUGGGACAUACUCCUAAGAAUGUAACAUACACUAUAUCUCUUCUUUAUAGAUUCACGAAGAAAUCAACAGAGAAAGGAAAGCUCGCAAUGCCGGGCAACCUACCAAGACCAAACCCAUGGCAGAUACCACAUGUAAGUACAAACCAAACCUUUCGAGGAACGUAGGAUAAUUCUUACACUUAAGAGAUAGAGGGAAAUUCUAAAAUUUGUAGCCUCCUAGAUCGUCGGAAAUGGCAUUUUAAGAGACUUUUUUACAUCUUUCGUUAGACAUUUUUAUUAAUUAUUUCAUUAUGGUUUGCGAUUCUGCGUUAUCCGUGAGUUAGGAUGGAUUAUUAUUAUUAAUUGGCCGAUCAGCGCAAUUCAAGUUGUUCGUUUUGGGGGCUCUUUUUUUUUUUGGGGGGGGGGAGCUAUUCCAGUCCCACUUUAUCAAGUAUUGGGUGGACGAAGUCGAAGGAAUUAUUAAGAUUUGAGGGGAAACAAAACUAACUAUUUCCCGAGAGAACAGAGAUUAAGUGUAAACUUUGUUAUAAAUAUAGCGAAGAAAGAAAGAUCAGCAACAAUCAUGCAACAAUCGUAUUUCAUGACAAAAACUCAGUCUAUAGUGUAAAUGAGUUUAACAUUAAAAGAACCUGCUAAAGGAGGCUCCCUACAGUUUCCAAUAUAUGUCAGUGUUUUAAACUAAAAGCUAUUUGAAUCUAAAAAAAACAACUCUUUGUUUCCUCUUAUGUAAAAGAGUCAUUUUAACUCACAAUCUCUACUCCCCACGUUACCAUGACAACAUGACGUCACCAUCUAUAUGGCCUAUAUCAACCAAAAAAGCCAUCAUAGCGGACAAAUAACUACGGUGACCUACCUUUUUUAUUGCUGAAAAUACAUUGUUGUGAAGUUUUGAAUCUUUUUUGAAAGUUAUUUGAAAAUCGCCAGUGUAGUUUUUGAGAUACUGAAUUUCAGCCUUUAAAAUUGCAUUCAGUAGCCUUUGGAAAGGCUGAAAUUCAGUAUCUCGAAAACUACACUGGCGAUUUUCAAAUAACUUUCAAAGAAGAUUCAAAACUUCACAACAAUGUAUUUUAAGCAAUAAGAAAGGUAGGACAUCGUGGUUAUUUGAAAAGCCGACUGAGACGGCUUUUUUGGUUGAUAUAGGCCAUAUAGAUGGUGACGUCAUGUUGUCAUUUGUAACAUGAAGAGUAGCGAUUGUGGGUUAAUUAAAAUUACUUUUUUAUAUAAAGGAAGACAAUGGCUUGUGCAAAAAAUUAGUUUUUUUAGAUUCAAAUAGCUUUUAGUUUAAAACACUGAUAUAUAUAUAUAUUGGAAACUGCAGGGAGCCUCCUUAAACGGUUUCAGCGGCAUAUCCUGUUACCUGAUGUGUAUUUUUCUUUUAUAUCCUUUAUUUUAACACAAACUCGGAAAAUCCUAAUUUGUAAACUUGCGAGUUGCAUGCCGCCAGUUUGUUUAUUUAUGUUCCUAGCCGGUUGGGACUUGUUGCCCGGCGGGUACUUUGCAUUUAUCUAAAGCCACGUGACCAAAAUUCAGCCAAUCACGUUUGGUGUUCACCCUAGCUAUAUACCAAUUGAUUUUAUACUUACUACUUCAUUGAUUAAUGCAGCGCACCUAUCUGGUAACGAAACUUUAUAUUAUUGUCCAAAUCUAGGACAAUCACUUUUAGACACAUAUUUCUAAUAAACUACAAUCUAUAAGGACACUUACAUUGAUUGAACAAGUAUUUGACUGGGCUCUAAAUAGCGGCUUGCCUAUGGUCAAAAGCAGGCUAUAUUUGAAAAAAUGCAGACGAAAAUAAUUUUGAACUGCCAAUCAAAAAUAAAAUUUCAAGCGAGAUUGUAUACUGUAUUUUUGUUUCAUUUCAAUUUAAUAGGCCUUAUAGGUAGUUUACAGAAUAUAAUUGAUGAAUAAUCGGACUUAAUAAUUCGUAUUAAUACUUAAUACAGGAAAAUUCACGAUUUAGAUCCGUACUUUCGGACAAGAAUUAUCAUUGCAUCUUACUUAUGUAAAACGACAUCUAAAGAGGUUACGCAACUGCCAUUGCUAUGACAACAGUGAGGUUUGAAGAUGGCGGAUUUUCGCUUUAAAGUAAUUUAACUCGUAAACGACAUUGGUGACUUUUAAAGUUUCAAUUACAUAAAAUGAUUAUCGAGCCACCUUAGUACAUGCAGGUUCGGCAGUAUACGUUUUUUAACUAACAACUGUUGAAAAUUUGUCAUUCUUGUGUAGUUGUUACUUCUUUAACUAAUGAAGAGACCACCGGAGAAUCCAGAAUUCCAGUUCCGGAAGACAUGGAACUAUCACAGCAUUCUGACCACCAAACGUAA